GUCGCGGGCCUGGCGGAGAGGUCCGUCGAGGGAGCGGUCCGUCGAGCGAGAGGCCCGCGGGGCCACUCGGCGCGCAGGACGCUGCGCCAUGAAGCUGUUCCCACGCGUGCUGUGCGACGCCGCGCGCGCCGCGUGGCGGGAGGGCUUCGCCCUGGGCGGUCGCGACGUGGCGCGCUGGUUCCCGGGCCACAUGGCCAAGGGGCUGAAGAGGAUGCAGAGCAGCCUAAAGCUGGUGGACUGCAUCAUCGAGGUCCACGAUGCCCGUAUCCCGCUUUCCGGCCGCAACCCUCUGUUUCAGGAAACCCUCGGGCUCAAGCCUCACUUGCUCGUCCUCAACAAGAUGGACUUGGCGGAUCUGAAGGAGCAGCAGAAAAUUAUACACCACUUAGAAGGAGAAGGUCUAAAAAAUGUCAUUUUUACCAACUGUGUGAAGGAUGAAAACGUCAAGCAGAUCAUCCCGACGGUCAUGGAGCUGAUUGGGAGCAGCUACCGCUAUCAUCGAGGAGAGAACCUGGAGUACUGCAUCAUGGUGAUCGGGGUCCCCAAUGUGGGCAAGUCCUCCCUCAUCAACUCCCUCCGGAGACAGCACCUCAGGAAAGGAAAAGCCACCAGGGUGGGCGGUGAGCCUGGGGUCACCAGAGCUGUGAUGUCCAGAAUUCAGGUGUGUGAGCAGCCGCUCAUGUUCCUGCUGGACACCCCAGGGGUGCUGGCUCCUCAGAUCCAGAGUGUGGAGACGGGCCUGAAGCUGGCCCUGUGCGGAAGCGUGCUGGACCACCUGGUGGGGGAGGAGACCCUGGCCGACUAUCUUCUCUACACCCUCAACAGGCACCAGCUCCUGGGGUACGUGCAGCACUACAGCCUGGGCGGGGCCUGUGACGACAUCGCCAGCGUGCUGAAGUGGGUGGCUGUGCGGCUGCGGAAGACGCAGAGGGUCAAAGUGCUGACCGGCACAGGUGACGUGACCGUCAUCCAGCCCGACUACUCCGCCGCCGCCCGAGACUUCCUGCGGGCUUUCCGCAGUGGGGUGCUUGGCCGCGUCAUGCUGGACCGGGAUGUCCUGUAGGGCCCCCUCGGCAGAGCCCUGAGCUGGUCCAGCAGGAAGGCCUCUGAUGCCCGGGUGUCCCCUGUUCACAAGCCCCUCGCUGGCCACUGUACACCCAGGUCUCUGCUCCAGGAAGGAGGCCCUUCUCCACUGCUGUCCCAGCCCAGCCAUUCUGGGUGACAGGGAACUGAGCCUGGGACGUGGACGUCAGGGCAGUGGACCUCCCUGAGCAGUCCUCGUGUGCCUGGCCUGGUGAGGAAACUCACUCGUGUUCAAUAUCUGUUAAACAUCCUCUUGAGGAGAAGCUGGUGUUUUCUCAAAAAGGGGUUGAACCUAUAAUCUGUAAUUUAAAAAUUUUAAAUUAAAAGGCUUGUCUCUG